CGAAUCGUUGCAUUGCUUCCUGAGACGCACAAAAACGAAAGUACGGCCUGAUGUGAUGCUGUUGUUGUUGCAAGAAUCGUACUCUGCGUAUACAUGAUGACAGCUUAGGAUGAACGAGCAAGUGAGUGCCUUUUUGCAGUCCUGACCCUGAAGCGAUGGGGGCUAAGUCGAGUAAUUUAAACUGGUUUGAUCACCAGCUAUCUCUUCAAAAGCCACCAGGUAAAUACAAAUCCAGGUGCUAUAACUUGUCUCCACCCAGCUACAACCACAACUGGACCGACCUACACUAUGCAGCUAGCCAUGGCAAUGUGCGGUGGAUACAAGAAAUUCUGCACAAGUCGGGGACGGUCAACCUAAACAAGAAAGACUACUAUGGGAAGACGCCCUUGUACUGGGCAGCAUACAAGGGCCACAAAUCUUGUAUGGAAGAGCUGCUGAAAUUUGGUGCCAUUGUCAACACCCGCUGUUGUCAUGGGGGCACUCCACUGCACACUGUUGUCAGUAUAUACCCAGAUUGUGCUGCCCUUCUGAUAAAGCAUGGAGCAGAUGUGAAUUGUUCGGACAACUGGGGAGUUACACCCAUGUACUUAGCAGCAUCCAGUGGCCUUCUACUUGUUGUGCAUUUCCUCAUAGUUGCAGGUGCGAAACUUACCUACAGGAAUAAGAAAACUGGUGAGCUGCCAAAGCAGCUGAGUGGUUACAAAGGGUUCUGUCAGUAUCUGACCGCACUGUCCCGUAAUCCCAGCACCCUCCAGCAGCAGUGCCGAGUGGUCAUCAGGAGACACAUCGGGGAGCACCCCAUUCCCAAGAUCAAGCAGCUCUGUCUUCCACGUCAGCUGAAAGAGGACCUUAUGCUUGCCGAUCUGGAUAUAAAGGGCCUUCCAAUUGAUGAGUACUGACCUUGUGCAGCCAGAUAGAACUGCUUAGUUUUCAAAAACCUAGUCAGUCAAAUUGAAACUGGUUUGACAUUAUAUAUGAGGUGAACAGAAAUGUUAACAACACCGUCUUUGUGUGUGGUGAAAGAGCUACUCCACUUCUAAAGCCUGUGCAUUAAAAAAAAAAAUAAAAUAAAAAGGGUUAAAUCAUAAGGAUGGAGAUAAUCUUGCUUGCUAUUCCAAAUUUGCCUUGCUUGACAUAAUUUCUGCCUUUUUCACUGUCACAUCAUGAAUAUGUACAUGUCCUAUGAGAGACUCAACCAUGGCAUCCUUCCAAUAGUUUGAAAUCUCAGUCUAAUUUAUCUCAGAGUUGGAGUAGCUCUUUUAUGAACAGUGGCAAACGUGACCACACAGUGUUACUGCUCACGGAACUGUUGUUCAAUAAACAUGUUAGACUUACCAGCAGCCUAUAAGUACAUUAGAAUUGUCACCAGAUUUACAUAUUUGAACAGCACCAUCGCAAGCUUGCACUUAUGUGAGCAAUCUUUACCUAAUUUGUUAUCUGGAAUUUACUAUUACAAUGACCUACAGUUCACAACUGCAUUCUGGUGUAAUGAUUAACCCUAUAGGCAUGUUUUGUAAAACAGACCAUCCGUUGUCAUUGUUAAUAAAUCAGCAUUGAACUUGGGUAAUUAUGGAUUCAGAUCAAAUUUCUUAUUUUCAGAAGAUAUGGUCAUUUAUAAGUUGUAGAUUUUUAUCAAAUGUUGUCUGCAAAAGACUUGAUUAAAACUCCAUGGCAUAAGAAACACAAUUGUUUUACAGUUCUGGCAUGUUGACUUUCAAUUUUUGUGCAAUAUGAUAUAGAUAUAUAGAUGUGCAUUAUGCAACAUGCCUUUAUUUCAGUUGUUAUCAUGUAAAGUAGGUGAUACAUGUCUGCAAUAGAUUUUAUAGUGUGUUUAAUACGUGUGAUUGCAGUAUGGUAUGGUCAUGAUAUUAAAUGAGAACAUUUUCUCUACUGUUCAUCAGUGCCUUCACCAUAUAACAACCACUAUACCUGUUUUAUUCACUCUUUCAUGCAUUGGGUACAUUGUAUAUUUAAAAAAAAAAAAAAAACAUAAGUUUUUAUCAGAAUUGCUGUAUGGCUAUAUUUCUUAUGACAGUGACUGAUAUAAUAUGUCAUUUAAAGAAGUGUGCUACUCAUAGCUUGGGCACUGAAUCGUCAAGCCAAUAUUGAUGACAUUCAUCUUAAAUUGUGAUUUUUUUUUGUUCUUACUUCAUCUGAACUUGUGGGCAUUAUGUCAUGCAUAUUUGAUCUCUGUAUAAAUCAGGUAUAUUGUAAAUGGUCUUCACUAGCAUGCCAUGACCAGCUUAGUUUCUUUCAUGUUGCCAGUUUGGUAUUCAGAUUUAUAUGAUCACGUAGUCGUAAGUCUUGUCACAAGGCAAUGCAAACAUGAAAAUGUCUCCCAAGUGGGAUUGAUGGUGGAGGAUGAAAGGCAAGGAAAGACAAGUGGUGUGCCCCCCCCCCCGAUUUGUACCCAAGCAGUUUGGGUUGGAUAGCUAGGGCACAAGGGGGUGAUAGGUGGGUGAAAAGCAAUGCUUGUGCCCCCCCCCUCCCGAGUUAUAUCCAUGUACCUCUGGUGUAAUUGGUCAAUGAAAGGCAAGUGUUGCUAACUGGUGUGCCCCGAGUGACACCCAAGGACCUCGGGUGGAUUGGUGUGGUGCGUGAAAGGCAAGGAUUGUAAGGUGGUUUGCGCUUAGUGACACCCAAGUACCUCGGGUGGAUUGGUGUGGUGCGUGAAAGGCAAGGAUUGCAAGGUGGUGUGCGCUUAGUGACACCCAAGUACCUCGGGUGGAUUGGUGUGGUGCGUGAAAGGCAAGGAUUGCAAGGUGGUGUGCGCUUAUUGACACCCAAGUACCUCGGGUGGAUUGGUGUGGUGCGUGAAAGGCAAGGAUUGCAAGGUUGUGUGCGCUUAGUGACACCCAAGUGCCUCGGGUGGAUUGGUGUGGUGCAUGAAAGGCAAGGAUUGCAAGGUGGUGUGCGCUUAGUGACACCCAAGUACCUCGGGUGGAUUGGUGUGGUGCGUGAAAGGCAAGGAUUGCAAGGUGGUUUGCGCUUAUUGACACCCAAGUACCUCGGGUGGAUUGGUGGGGUGCGUGAAAGGCAAGGAUUGCAAGGUGGUGUGCACUUAGUGACACCCAAGUACCUCGGGUGGAUUGGUGUGGGGUGUGAAAGGCAAGGAUUGCAAGGUUGUUUGCGCUUAUUGACACCCAAGUACCUCAGGUGGAUUGGUGUGGUGCGUGAAAGGCAAGGAUUAUACUCAAGUACCUUUAGUAGAAUUGGUAAGUGAAAGGCAAAUAUUGCUAACUGGUGUGCCCUUACUGACUUCGGAUGUAUUUCGGCUGGGAAAAACAGGUGAAAGGCAAGGAUUGCUAAGUUGUGUGCCCUUAGGGACACCCAAGGUGGGAUUGGUCAAUGAAAGGUAAGGAUUGCUAGGUGGUGUGCCAAUUUCAGGUUUUUGAGUGUCAUACAUGUAUCUCUGAGUGGAGCCUUUUUGGACAUUAGCCAGAAUGCCAUCUGUACAUGUAAUAGUCUGUGUUAUAUAAUGUUUGUAGGUGACCUACUCAGUCUCUAAAUACUAUGCAGGUCGUAUUGCACAAAACUGUGAAUUACACCUAUUGCCUGUCACAACAACCAUUGUGUAUAUACUAUGUUAAUGUCAAGCAAGUAGCACUAGGGUGUGAGUGGCUUCUAUUUUAAUGUUUCAGAAGUGUGUUUUCUUUGUUGUCAUGCAAAUUAGAAGAACCUAUCCAGCAGUGUGUAUCAAAGGAGUCAAAGAAUUACUCUCUUAAUAUUCUGGUCUUCAAAGUAGGCUUACAUGUACAACAUACCCUUAUGCCAAGUAGUAUAAAAUCAUAAUAUGGUCUUGAGCAGAACAUUAAUGGAACAUGUCUUUCUUUGACUCAUUUGCCAGUUUUUGCAAAACGUGUGUUAAAUUUAUCACAUACUGGAGCUUUAAUUUAGUAUCCAAAUAAUGUAUUACAUGUGUAUGUUUUCAUUAUCAUAUACUCUAAACAACACAUCAUUUGCAUUUUGUGAAUUAUUAUUGUAAUAAUUUUUGAUUUUAUGCCAUAUAUGUAAGGUAUUACCCACUGCACGCAUGCAAUUUAUUUAAAUGAUUUUUGUUAUGCCGUCUCUUUCAUGGAGAAGUUUAGUGUGGUAUCCCCAAAUCUGACAAAAUCUUGACCUGUUGGAUUAUCUGCCCAUGUGGUUUUUUAAUGCUCACUUGUUUUCUUUGAAUAUUUUAUCAUUUGUACACAAAGUGUGACUUUUGAUUCAUAAAUAGUAUUUAAAAAGUUAUUACACAGGCACACCAUGUAUCAUUAUGCCAUUUUCAUGAUGACUUUUAAGCAU